AAAGUAUUUGGGUUAAGUAUGCCUUUUAUGAAACAUCAGUGGCUCUUUUGGUGUUUCGGGUGUUCUUUUCAUCAACACAUGUGCUAAACAAAAUACGGGACUUAACAUUCAGUUUAAUUUCUUAAUAUUUCUUCCAAGACAAAAUAAAAUAAAUGUUUUUUUUCUUUUAGUGCCGUUAAAUACAUUAAGGGAAUUCAACAUCAAGGUUUAUAUACCACAUGUCUUCUUCAUUCCGGAUUGUUUUCGAGAUUUCAUAUCGCCUAUGCGCUUUAUUUCUCAAGUGACAAAAACACAACACCUCAAAAGACUUUUUCUGUUUCAAAUGGGCUAGGAUCCCGUGUUUGUUAAGAUGAAUCCACACGACGAGCACGCUAUUCGCGACAACUGGGAACUGCUCAAACAGGAGCUUAACAUCGAGGAAUUUGUCGGCAAGCUCGUAAAAGCCGGCGUAUGGAGCCCACAUCAAAGCGAUUUUGUCCUUAACUCCGCUCCGCUCGACAGGGAUUCAAAAGGCCAACGAUUCUUGGAAACAGUUGUGAAGAGCGGCUCCAAGUGCUACCAGACGUUCUGCAACAUCCUCCGAGAAAGCAAAACUAACCCGAGAUAUGAGACCCUCAUCAAGGCACUCAGCAUUCAACAUUCUGUCUCACCCGACUCAGGAGUCUCUUACAUGGGAUCCCCAAGACAAUCAACGACACUGUCAUCAAUAAGUACCACAAGUUCAAUGAGCCUGAACGUUGGUGCGUGCGCUGAGAAUCCAUCUGGAGACCGGAACGAACGCAUGGUUUCUGCGCGAGCGCCAUGGAGAGCAGACGACCUUUACCACCCAGACGAAACGGACGAAGAUCGACCAGGAACACCGGCCGAGGCAGUCCAUGCAGCAGUGCAGAAAGCAAGCGAUGCGACAAGCGGUAAUCUCGACAUGGUAACGCUGGAGAAAGAACUUGUCAAAAUCGCACCAACUAUUGCUGACUUGUUUUCGAAAAUUCAUACGCAGACGACAACCGUAGUUGCAACGAGCGAGGAGGAGUUGAAAAAAAUUCGAGAAGAUAAUGAUAGGCUCAGGAAGACUAACAGAAGUCUGGUGGAGAAGUUGAACUCUUUCCAGCAGAAGAUUAUUCAGCUUCAGUUAGAAAACAAGAAGCUCAGGGAAUUCAAUGACAACGAGAAAACAAAGCAGACGCAACUCGACGAAAAGUCUUCUGAGCUCGACAAACUUAAGGAGAAACUUAUCGAGCAAAAGCAUUUAUUGGAAGAAAAAGAGCGUGAACUCGACAUGCAAUUAGAAAAACUGCAAAUGGUAAUAAUAGACAAUGAAGAGCAGAAGUUGAAACUGGCUAGUUUGGAGCAACUUCACGAGGAGGGACUGAGAGAGUAUGAGGAUCAACAGUACCAGAUUGAAGAGCUACAAAAGGAAAAAGAUCAACAGAAAGGACAAAUAGAAGUGCUUGAGGAAAAGCAAAAGAUGAGCGAGCAGAUCUUACAGAGGCUGGAGGAGAGGCUUAUUAUGCUGGAACAGAGAAGUAACCAGAAGAACAAAACCCGGCCGAGGUACUAUGGUCCCUCGAGACCGUGGAUGAAUGGCAUGAUGGAGAAAUCUCAUCAUGCCCAAGUUAAACUUCAGCCACAGUUUCCGACAGAUUUUUCUUCAUCAAACAUAGGCGGGAAGGGAGGCAAGGGAUGGAAUGUUUGAUGAAAUAUCUCCAUCACAUUAUAAUUUGUUUAACGCUAUGGCUAAGAGGUAGUUUCGAAUUGUGAAAAAAACUUGUUUCUUACGUCAAGCGGACAAGUGUCGUAUUUCCAAUUUAUUAUCGAUUUAGAUGUCCAUCCGCUGAUAUUAUUUUCAGUUGGAUCGAUGACGCGAUUCUUUUUCUUUACAAGCAAUGUACGUUUUUAAUUCAUAACAUUAUUGAUGGAUAAGGUUGAUCGACUGUUAUUUGGUAAUGAAUGUAUUGAAUGUUUAUAAAUGUACUGAUGAAUUACCCUCCUCGGUAAUCGAUAUUCUACUAGGCUAAGUUGUUAACAAAACCCUUUGUUGACGUCACGAAUUGUUAUUCUGUAUUAAUUUAUUUAAGAAUCAUCAGGUUCCACCUGUCUUUUUGGAAUGCGAUGGAUAUAUUAGAAACAGAAAUCUGUUUGAUCAAUGUAAAAUCCAUAAAUAUGCUAAACGAACACAUACGUGUGUUUACUUUUUAUAUGAGGAAACUAAUGCGAUUAAAAACGAGUUUUCAAGGAUUUAACAAAAUAUACGUCAAGUCAGUGUAAAAAGGCAUAGUCAGAUCAACAUAGAAAUGCACGACAUGCAUGUAGUUUCUACUCCUCCAGGGUUUGGCUUGAAAGGUAUCCAGAUAGAUGAAUUGCGUGUACCGUAUCAUGUUAUCAAUCGAUCCAUCUCCUACGGUUUCAUUGUUUAUAUGCACAAUGCCUCAUUGAUUUUGAAUCAGUCGUAUGUAAUCAAGAUUGUAUAUUAAUUAGAGGACAACACGCCAUGGUAUUUUGACUUAUUGACACUCAAGUUUUUAAAUUUUAAAUCUUAACAAAUAUCGUGCUUGACGUAAUCUGUUUAUUUCAAUACUUAAUGUAAACUUGAAGUUGAAUUCUGGUACCUUCUCGAAAUUAUAAUUGUAAACAUAAUGCCUGUUGGAAUAGCUUCAUAAUAUUCAAUAAAAGCCGUCUGUUUGUAACAACUUGUAAUGUUAAAUACACCCACCACCACCAAGUACGUGAAUACUAUGAGAACAAUUAAUACCUGAUUUUUAUAACAAAAACAUCAAGGGGAAAACAAAAAUGCUCUUAUUCGUGACUAGUUUAAUGCCAUGUCGUUGCUUUUUAGUAACUUUUUUUGCAAUGUAUAUUUAUAAUGAUUUAUCUAUUAUUGUUAUUGGGUUGUUAGAAUAAAAACUG